AUGGAGUGGCUGGUGUUGAGGAGGCUCUUCUGUCAUCUGUCUACCUUCCAACUGAUUUGGUUCUUGGCUGCCAUGAUGUUUUGCAGGGCACAAGUGGAGACCCAAGAUGUAAGAAAGUUGCUGAACACACCUGCUUCUUUAAGAUGCUCUCUGCAAAAUCCCCAGGAAGUUUUGAUUGUGACAUGGCAAAAAAUCAAGGCUGUAAGCCCAGAAAACAUGAUCACCUUUAGCCAGAACCAUGGGGUUGUAGUCCAGCCUGCCUAUAAGGACAAGCUAAACAUCACCCAGCUGGGACUCAUGAAUUCAACCAUUACCUUCUGGAAUACCACCUUGGAAGAUGAAGGGUGUUACAAGUGCCUCUUCAAUACCUUUGGUUCUGGGAAGAUCUCAGGAAUAGCCUGCCUCACUCUCUUUGUACAGCCCACAGUAUUCCUUCACUAUAAAUUAUCUGAAGACCACCUAAAUAUCACUUGCUCUGCCAAUGCUCGCCCAGCCCCUGUGAUCUCCUGGAAGGUCUCUGGGCCAGAGAUUGAGAACAGUACUGAGAUUCUCUCACACCCCAAUGGGACAACGUCUGUCACCAGCAUCCUCCAGAUCAAAGACCCCAAGAGUCAGGUGGGGAAGGAGGUGAUCUGCCAGGUACUGCACCUGGGGACUGUGACCAACUACAGGGAAACUGUGAACAAAGGCUUUUGGUUUUCAGUUCCACUACUAUUAAGUAUUGUUUCCUUGGUAAUUCUUCUGGUCUUAAUUUCAAUCCUACUAUACUGGAAACAUCGUCGGAACCAAGACCGAGUGUCCAGAACCGUAUCUUCACAUAACAGCCACUCGGAGAACAUGCGUGGAUGCCUGAGUGGAGAACAGGAAAUGCGAGAAUGCUCUUUCAAUGGCUUCUUCAGCAUUUUCGGCUUUAGUUCACCCAAGGGGCAGAGAAGACCCUUCAGGUUUUGCUUUCCACCUUCUGCACAAGAAAGAGGCCUUUUGCCAUUGUCCUUACGGGCUCAAAAGAGAGGAACAGGCAGCUUUCUGGAAAACUCAUAA